AGUGUAGCCCCAGCAGUGCCACCUGUCAGUGUCCAUCAAUGCCAGCUGUCAGUGUUCAUCAAUGCCACAUAUCAGUGCCUACCUGUGCCCAUCAAUGCCACAUAUCAGUGCCUACCAGUGCACAUCAAUGCACAUAUCAGUGCCCAUCUGAGCUGCCUUUCAGUGUCACCUAUCAGUGCCAGUCAGUGCCACCUAUCAAUGCCAUCAGUGCUGCCUAUCAGUGCGCAUCAGUGCCGCCUAUCAGUGCUCGUCAG